AACUUGGAGACAUGUAUUUUGACAGACAAGAUUCGUGUGUUCGUUAGGUGUAGUCAUUUAUAAAAUUAUUAGGCAUCUUACAGGACUCCGUGGUGGCGCGAAUAAGUCCACGCCCCCAGAAAUUUUCCCGCGAACUUCCACAGUGUGUAGUCUGUAGCAGACUCCCCUCUUCUCAUAUUUACUCAUACCAGUGCAGUGAGAACUACGAGGCAGAAAAGCAGGACAAUGCGCUCCCAGCGUCAGCAAGCCCCUCCCCCUUCUACCCGAAUGAACCUGAGGAGUUACCGGAACUCGGGCCUGGUCCCCAUGGAGACCUCUUCCUCAGAGGACAGCUGUGACAGUUUUGCAUCUGAUGGUUUUGCAUCAAUGAAAAGACCUCUCAGGCAGACGAGAAGCUCAGCUCGGCAGGAAAAACUCUUAGAGACCCAGUCUGUGUCGGAGGAGGAAGGCUGCAGCGGUUUUGAGGAAAGCGACUGCAGUAAUGAGAUGAGCGCCAUGAAAAUGGAUUCGGACUCUGAUUCAGAACCCCCCAAGAAAACUCGCCGCUCCUUCACUCUUCGAGUGGCCAUGAAGUUCCCCACCAAAAAUGUUCCACAGAAGAAAUCUCCAAGUCCUGAGCCUGUUCCUAAACCCAAAGGCAGACAAUUAGAUGCUGAAGAGGAGGACUUCAUAGCAAAGAGAGCACUUAAUAUUAAAGAGAACAAAGCUAUGCUGGCUAAACUAAUGGCAGAGUUGAACAAAGUCCCUGGACUUUUCCCUAAGAAGACCUCUCUUCCUGCGAGUAAUACACCUCGCCGUGUUCCCCGUCGUUCGUUGGGAACCCCUGGAACUCGCAGGCAGAACCCAGAGCGUUUGUCACGGAUUCACACACGCUCCCGUUCACUGGUAGACGGCCCCCCUACUCCCACUCCAGAAGAAGAGCCUGAGGACAGGUUCAGCCUGGUGCGCAGGAGCGACGAUGAUGAAGAACCGGAGCCACGUCGUCGGCGCACCUACAACGGCACCCUUACCAUCCCUCACGUGGUAAGACCUGUGGAGGAGAUUACUCGGGCGGAGCUGGACAAUAUUUGCACUAAUGUCCGGGAGAAGGUCUACAAUCGUGCCACGGGCAGCACCUGUCACCAGUGUCGUCAGAAGACAACUGACACCAAGACUAAUUGUCGUAACCCUGAGUGCGUUGGAGUCCGAGGUCAGUUUUGUGGUCCCUGUCUGCGGAACCGUUAUGGAGAGGAAGUUCAUGAUGCACUUUUGAACCCGGAGUGGCAAUGCCCUCCAUGCAGAGGCAUUUGUAACUGCAGCUUCUGCAGGGCCAGAGAGGGGCGCUGUGCUACAGGUGUGCUUGUGUACCUGGCUAAAUACCAUGGCUUCGACAAUGUCCAUGCUUACCUGAACAGCUUGAGGAAGGAGCUAGAGGAGAGUGAGUGAAAAUACUGAUCCUGCUGAUUUUAAUCCAUGGCCUGCGUUCAUCGUCUUGGUUCUGUUUAGAAGGGGUUUUUAAUUUUUUAAAAAAUUUUUUUUAAAGAAUUUGCUUUAGGACCUUUUUAUUCUCUUUAUGCAAAUUUGUGCCUUAUGACACUUGUUAAUGGACUGCCUGAGGUGUUCAUUUACAUUGUUUUAAAUGUAAUGUUGCUCAUCAUUGAUUGUAGUGACUUUUUUUUUUUGGCCAUUUUAGUGAUUGUACUGUAAUUUUGCUUAUUUUAUCUUUUUAAGCUUGAACUUUUUAUGACUGUGGAACUGUAAAGUAUUGUUGUUGAAAUUUCAGACAUGGCUGCUUCUGACUUCUGAAAGAUAAAGCAAGAAAAAGCAGGCCAGUAGCUCCCUUAGGAGUAAAUCACUUCAAAUGUUAAACAUAGCACAAUUCCUCUGACCAAUAAAAGCUUUUUAUUUUUAAAACCAGAGCUUGUGGACUAUAUUUUUUGCUUCUCCCUACUCUAUUGGAGUGUUUAAACUACUAAUGGAGGUUUAUGAGCUUUAUUCCAUGUCCCUUGCAGGCAGAGUGCUUCAUCUCCUCACUUGUCCUGCUUUUGCUAGAGCGCACUGAUGUACUGCAUCGCCUUCUCUGAUCCUUCAUUAGAGAGCUGCCACUAAUGGUGUGGAAAUAAUUAGCAGACUCUAAUGGGAAAUUUUAUACCUGUAAAUCAUUUCCCUAGCAUAUUCUCUCUGGCUUGCUCUCUUGUUGUCAUUUAUGUGACAAAGAAUGUGGUGUUGGUGCUCUAAAUUGUGUGGUUUUACUGAACUUAAUUUUCUCAACAGGCGUGUUUAUUCAUAGUAGACAGGCUUUGAGACCCUCAAUGGCAGUGGGCUUUAUUCGGAGUGAUCUCGCGUCACACUUUAAAGAAUAUCCAAG